UUGACGGGUUUUGUCAAUGUGAACGUGUGACAUCUCGAAAAUGGCUGACUCUGGGCCGAGUAAAAGCGAUAUUGAAGCAGUUUUUCAAAGAUUACGAGCGAUUCCUGCUAAUAAAGCAUGUUUCGACUGCAACGCCAAAAAUCCUACGUGGUCAUCUGUGACGUACGGUGUAUUCAUAUGUCUCGACUGCUCGGCGGUGCACCGAAGCUUGGGAGUCCAUCUCACCUUCGUUCGUUCGACUCAACUGGACACUAAUUGGACAUGGAAACAGCUGAGAAACAUGCAACUUGGCGGGAACAUAAAUGCUAUACAAUUCUUCCGCACCCACGGGCUGGUGACAGAGGAUGCUCGUCAGAAGUACAGUUCACGAGUGGCACAGAUGUAUCGUGACAAACUUAAUUUACUCUCUGAACAGGCUAUGAAAACACAUGGGACCAAGUUACACAUAGAAGCUACAGCACCGGAGCCCAAGGAGAAUAAGGAGGCCGAGGUAGAUUGGUUUUCACAACACGGAAAGUCGACAAGCACUAACACAAACGAGUUUGCAAAUGCCUCCCAGGCCAAUAAACAGGAGCCCCUGAGUUCAGAAGCUCGUUUAUGGGACUCUGGUCCAGCGCUGGGAUCGAACGCUGACACCCCUCGCCCGUCAACCAUCGGGAGCAGGAAACCUGCUGCCAAACGAACCGGGCUGGGUGCACGUAAGGGCCUGGGAGCCACGAAGGUCUCAGCCAAUUUUGAAGACAUCGAACGCGAGGCUAUCAUGGCCGAGAAGCUCAAGAUGGAGACGAAGGCUUCGGAGCAGAGAGCCACGCUGGAGAACGUGGAACAAGAAGUGGCCUCGUUGCGACUGGCGUACCGGGAGCCCAGCAACAAGCCCAACUCUGAGCGGCUGGGUAUAGCUGGAGCGAACAGGGCGAACACAUCCGGCGUGUCCCACUCGGCCGCGUCGGACAUGACCAUCAUCGAGCAGGAGGGGUCCGCGGCGCCACCCACGCACCUGGACGACAUCGACGACUUCACCUCCUCGUUCACCAUGAUCAGGAGCGAGCCCUUCAGCAACAGCCGCGCCCUGGACAGGAUGUUCGGUGAGGCGGACCGACCGGACCGCAAGUUCUCGCUGGAGAGCGCGCAGCACAUCGAGCCGGAGCCGGCGCGGCCCGUGCACUCCAUGUUCGCGGACGAGCGGCCCCCCGCGCCCGCCCCGCCCCGCCCCCGCGCCAAGAAAAACGCGCCGGAGCCCGAAGAUGACUCCGCCGUCCGCAAGUUCGGGUCGGCCAAAGCUAUCAGUUCCGCGCAGUUCUUCGGAGAGCAGGAUCGUUCGUGGGAGACGUCGGGCAGCACGGCGUCCAGGUUCGGCGGCAGCAGCAGCAUCUCGUCCGCAGAGUACUUCGGGGACUCCGCCCCGCAGCGCCCGCCCUCGUUCUCCGUGUCGGCGCCGCACCUCGACGACGUGCGCGAGUCGGUGCGCGCGGGCGUGACGCGCGUGGCGGGCCGCCUGUCGUCGCUGGCCAACGGCGUCGUGUCCUCCAUCCAGGAGAAGUACGGCUACUGAUACAGGCGCAGCUGUCCGGGACUCGAACCCGGGGCCUGGCGACUAUCGUGUACAACUUAGACGACAAUAUAAUGCAUUAUACAUCAAUAUUUUACAGUUUUGUUUUUUGGAUCGCGCUGUCUCUCUCUCUCUCUCUCAUUUAGUGCAAAUAAAAAGGAUGGAACUAUAACCUGGUCGAGCACAUCUUUGUUAGCCGUGUUGCCAGUGUAAAAAAUAAGUUGAGUUUAGUGAUGUUAAUUUGUCACUGUUUUCGAUCGCAUAUUAUUUCGGUAUCGCAUAAUCGCCUAUGUGAUUACAGAAAACUAUGGCACUUCAAAAUCGCCAAUGUGCAUCACUAAUGAUAUUAGUAAAAAGUUUGAGUGGUAAAUUGCAAUAUGCUACGCAAAGAAACGCUAGACUAGGAAUAAAGUAUUUGCUUUUAGCCAAACUUUUUUUUUAAAUUAUAAAAUGGUCUGUUUGACGAUGGCAACGACGCUGAUGAUGACCACGGCCCCUAAUGACGCUUCGUCUUGAAAUAAAUAGAAGCUGUUGUGUUUUAAAACAUUUCUACAUAUUUUUUUAUUUCAAUUUUUUUUUGUAAUAAUAAUUAUAAAAAUCAUUCCUAAGUAUGAUAAGAAAUAAUAACAAGAUAUCUAUUUAUUGGAUUGAAUGAAGAUAUAACCUAGAAAGGGAUAGUGUAGUUUUAUGUAUUUUAUUUUAAUAGUUUGCGUUUAUAAAGUGAAGAAUAAAUAUAGUUUAUCUGUUAAAAGGGCGUUUAAAUUUGCCAGUCUAAAAAAAUAAGCAUUUAUUUUUUUAAUUUAUAAUUUUUAAUGUUUUGACUUGUAUUUUUAUUUUGACGCUGCGAUACAGCUGCGUGAAAAUAAGUUAAAAUCUAGCAACACCACGGUCACCAUCGAUAUGCAGCUGGUAACACAUGUUGAUGCUCGUGAAUGUCAUUAGAAGCUUCCAACUCCCGGGUUCCGUACUGGUCACAUAUUGUUUUCCAAAUACAGCUUCAGCUUCUCAGAGAGCCCUGCCCU